AUGUGUGAUGACAAGUCUUGCACUACCCCCGAACUCCCUCACCCACACUCACCUACCAUCUUCCCAAAUCCAACCCCCCCACCCACAUCCACCAUCUAUUUUCCCAAACCCAACGACAUCACCCACACCCACCCACCAUCUUCCCAAACCCAACCCAACCCCCCCACCCACAUCCACCAUAUAAUUUCCCAACCCCAACGACAUCACCCACCCACACCCACCAUCUUCCCAAACCCACUGCCCUCACCCACCCACACCCACCAUCUUCCCAAACCCUCUGCCCUCACCCACCCACACCCACCAUCUUCCCAAACCCUCUGCCCUCACCCACCCACACCCACCAUCUUCCCAAACCCUCUGCCCUCACCCACCAUCUUCCCAAACCCUCUGCCCUCACCCACCCACACCCACCAUCUUCCCAAACCCUCUGCCCUCACCCACCCACACCCACCCACACCCACCAUCUUCCCAAACCCUCUGCCCUCACCCACCCACACCCACCAUCUUCCCAAACCCUCUGCCCUCACCCACCCACACCCACCAUCUUCCCAAACCCUCUGCCCUCACCCACCCACACCCACACCCACCAUCUUCCCAAACCCAACGACCUCACCUACCCACACCCAUUAUCUUCCCAAACCCUCUGCCCUCACCCACCUACCCACCAUCUUCCCAAAACCAACUUCCACACCCACCCGCCCACCCACCCAAGCCACCGACCCACCAUCCACCCAUCAUCUUCCCAAACCCAACGCUCCCACCCACCCACACCCACCAUCCUCCCAAACCCAAACGACCAACAUCAUCUUCUCAGAGCUCAACCUGUAA